UCUUCCCCUUUCCCUUCUUCCCCAACCUCCAUUUCUCAUUUCAAUCUUUCUUCUUGAGAUUUUUCUCUUCUUCUCUUUUUCUCCAUUUUCCCAUCUGGGUUCUCCUUCUUUCUCUCAGAUUUGUUUUUUGGUCUUCUUGAUGUUCAUUACUCUGUUCUUGAUGUUUGAAAUUCAUGCAUCAAAUUCUCAGUGAACACAUCCUCCUUUCUGGUUGUAUGAUCAUAAACUCCACAUUCCGUCGUCAUCACCUCGUUCAAUCCUUCUCCGUUGUUUUCCUUUACUUCUUAUACUAUGUUUCAUGAUUUUACCCCAUUUUAAACAAUACCCACAUACCCAAAUUCACUAAUUUCAACAAUCAAUCGAUCUUAUUACUACUCUUUUGUUUUUGUUUUUUUUUUUUUCUUUUUGCUUUGGGAAUUUCCUUCUUAAUGGCUUCCUCUAGCGGAACAUCUUCAACUUCUUCAUCCAUGGAAGAAGGGGAAUUAGCAGCGUUGAUGGAACAGAGAAAAAGAAAGAGAAUGAUUUCGAAUCGGGAAUCGGCCCGGAGAUCCAGAAUGAGGAAGCAAAAACAUUUAGACGAUUUAAUGGCUAUGGUCACUCAACUCAGAAAGGACAAUCAACAAAUAGUCGCUAAUCUCGCCGUCACCACACAGCACUACGCCGCCGUCGAGGCUGAGAAUUCCAUUCUCAAAGCUCAGGCCGCCGAACUCUCUCACCGUUUGCAAUCCUUGAAUGAGAUCCUCGCUUUCUUGAACCCCUCUGAUGGGGUUUUUGAUGACGAUACUUAUGGCUGCUGCAACGGCGGCGACGGCGCUGGUGGCGGUGGAGGGUUUUUUAAUCCUUUGCAAAUGGCUUUUUAUAUGAGCCAGCCUCUUACGGCUUCUUCAGAUGUAUUUCAAGAGUACUGAAAUUUGGGUUUCUCUUUUUUUUUUUCUUCUCUUUCCUAAUGGUAUGAAUUUUCUUGGAAUCCAAACAAGCAGAGAGAAAAAAAGAGAAAAAAAGAGAAAAAAAUUGGUUUAGGGUUUUGAUUUGUCACAAUGAAUAAGAAAUGGGAUAAAAUGUGGGUUAUUUUGGGUCUCAAUCUUUUACUUAAAUUUUAUGUACUAAGAGUAAUUGGACAUGUAAAGUUUUUGGGA